AUGCGCGCAUCGGACGAGGAUCCUCCGCCGCCCACGCUCCUUCUCCUUCUCUCGCUUCCGUCCACUUCCACGUGUUCGCCCGAUGCCACGUCAUCCUCGAUUUCGUUCCUUUCCAUCGAUUUCGACAAAUUAUCACUCGAACCGGAACUGCAAGAAGGCCGUUACGAGCUCCGACCGUCGCCGGGUCCCCAAACACUGCAGAGGAUUACGGUAGGCGAUUUGCGCACGAUCCGACGCACAAAUACACACUUUCAGCAGAAUUCGAUGCCGCCGACCGCGAGAAUUGCUCAAUUUUAUCGGAUUCCGGCUCACAAAAGCGGUCGAUUUCAGCCGUACAAUGUUCCGUUCCAACUCAGGUACGUUUUUCAAUACAGCAAUAGUUUGAAAUUGCUGAAAAUUGGGUUCUACCCGAAUUUUCUGUGAAGACAGCCGGAAAUCUCAAAAAGUUGCAUUUUCAGACGGCGCCGAAAGAGCACAACGUCGGCGAGCACAAAGCAGACGGACAUGGAGAUUUUGCUGAAAAUAAAGCUGAAAGGAGACGUCGAUCCGUUGAAAAUGUGCAUAUUUGACAAGUGAGUGACUUUUUAGAGUUGAAAGAGUGAAAAAUGAACAAUUCCACAAAACCCCUUAAAAAACGGACAGAGAACAUUUCUAAUUUUAGACCUAUAAAUGUCAUGUUUUUGCAGAGACAAACUGGUGUCGACUCCGUGCAGUGUGCAGGCGAAUCGGCGUCCCGAGCCGGCUCGAAACGAGGAAAUCGACGAGCUCUCCGAAUAUUUCACUCAUUUCGUCCGCGUCGAACUCAAAAUGUCCGCCUUGGCCGAAUCGAUGUACGUCUGA